AGUCAUUCUGUACCUUUAUGAGUUGAUAGAUCGCAAUGGCGAUUCGCGAAAUAAAAAAUCUCGACGAAUUAGUUUUUGGUUUUGUUGAGAAGUCGAAUUUUAUCGGUGCGACUAUUAAUACACUGACUGCAGCUGGUGAAAACUAUUGCAGCGAAUUACUGGCCGUAGACAUCUCAGUGCGUGACGGCGAAAACACGAAAAUUAUUCGAACAGUAGCAAAACUAUUACCGCAAAAUGAAUUCGUUCAAAAACUCCUUCAAAGCGAGCGAACUUUCUUCCUUGAGGUGGAAUUCUAUAAAACAUUCGUCCCUUGCUUGAGACAAUUCCAACAAGAAAAAGGCUUUACGCAACUAUUCAAUGCGUUUCCGGAAUUUUAUACCGCGAGGUUUAACCUUGAACAAAAUUCGGAAAAAAUCGACGAAAACGCCGUUUUGGUGAUCAAAAAUUUAAAAGACGAAGGAUUUGUGAUUUUGGACCGUAAAGUUGGAUUUGAUCUGGAUCAAGCGAAACCAGUUUUGGAGAAGAUGGCCGAAUUGCACGCCACUGUUUUCGCUUUGAGGGCCCUCAAACCGGAGGUUUUUGACUCGAAACUCGGGGAGUUAUUCGAGGAGUUUGUAAUGUAUGAAGCGCCGAAAGAAGACCAGCGAAAGUUUGUCGAUUCGUUGUUGAAAUUGAUCGAGGAUGAUGAUUUUUGUGCGAAAAACAUGGAUCGGAUUAGGGAUACACUUCUCAAAAGUUGUGAAAUGACCAAAAAGAAAAAUGACAAAGCGAUGAAACACCGAUUUAGCAGUUUUUGUCACUUCGACAUGUGGACAAAUAAUAUUAUGGUCAAAAGUGCGAAUGGGAUAAUCACAGAUGUGAAAUUUGUCGAUUUUCAAAUUUAUGAGUACAGUUCUUUAACAAGCGAUGUUCUUUUGUUUUUGUUUACCAGUGUCCAAUUGUCGGUGAUUCAGUCUGAAUUUGAUAAUUUGUUGAUAUUUUAUUACGAGAAUUUUAUUAAAUAUUUGAGGAAGUUAAAAUGUGACGCUUCGGGACUCACUUUUGAGGAAUUUUUAAACGAAAUGGCAAUAGUGGCCAAAACAAGAGAACUUAUGCAUGUAUUACUCAUGAUACAACCGAUUUAUAGAGACGAGAAAGAUGCAAAAGAGGUAAAAAACAUGAGUAAAGAAGAUUUCUUACGCAACAAUAAAGAACAAAUUUCACAACAAUGUAAACAAAAAGCUACUUAUGUUGUACAUGAAUUUAACCGAAGAGGCUGGUUGUAGUUUUUUAUAAAUAAAUUAGUUUUAAUAAUAGUGUUUUUCAAUAGACUAAAAAGACACUAUAGUUUUUAUAUUUUAGUUAUAAUUUUAAAUUUAUAAUGUAAUUAUAAUGGUGUGCUUUAAUUGAAUUAGAAAAUGAUUAAAC